AUGGCAUCGCCAACCCGCUCUGUUAGUCUUCUGAGUCUCCCCCAGGAGCUUAUCGAAUGUAUCCUCCUUCAUCUACGAGCAGGUCCAUCUCUGCAGGAUCUUGGCAGGGUGGCCCAAGUGUGCCAUCGAUUGCACCGACUGGCCACCCCGAUUCUCUACUGUUCGGUCUGGCUUCGACAUCCAAUCAAUGGCGACAGAUUUGCCUGGACGAUACAGCACUGUCCGGCGUUGAUCCAUCUCAUCCGUGAAUUGCAAUUUCAUUACCAUUGCGAGGAGAGUGAGGACCAUGGUCCCGAAGACCUUGACGGGGUCACCUCUCAGUUAUUCAACCUGGAGGCCCUCGUCAUCAGGGCCAAGUAUUUUGAGGCACGACCUUCUUACCCCAACCUGCCCCCAGCUAAGGAGCUGGAGGCUGUGGAAAGAUGGGAAGAGAACAGGCUGUUCUGUCAAGCUGCCCGACCAGGCUCACAAGUUCUUCCUGCCCUAAGCUCCUGCGACCUCGGAUUUGAUUAUGAAAUAAACCGGGAGGAUGUCUGGUGGAAUAUGUACCUCAAGGAGGCAGUCUUCUAUCACCCCGGACUGCGCCGUAUCUCCAUCACCGGUGCUGUUUUUACAGGAUUUAGUCUUAAUAAUUCCAAGCGACUUGCGCCGGCCAGUCGAUCAACCCAAUUGGAAGAGCUAAUCCUGUUAAACUGUGACAUUGGACCGGAAGCCAUUUCGGAAAUUCUCACCUAUCCCCAUGCCUUGAGACCGCAUGCAUCCUCCCUGGAAUACCUAGAUCUGGACCUCUACUUCCAAUAUGAUGAAAGUGUGGAUCUCAGCGACUUCUCUGCUCUCAAGCACCUCACGAUUCAUCCCGAGAUGUUGACGGAGGAUUGGAAGGGGAUGGAACCCUUUGGAAAGCUUCUCCCACCCAGUCUGGAGAGCAUCACCUUUCGGGAUCACUUUGGUGCCUUCCCUCUGGCAACCAUCUACGAGAAGGUGUUGAGUGGAGAGCUUCCUCAUCUGCGCACUCUUACCUGCCAUACUCCUGUCCCUCCAGCCAAGGAUAUGACCACCGAAACAUGCAAGGAUGGCAAGACUUUUGUGGAAGCGUUUAAAGAGUUGGGUGUGCAGCUCUCUGCCGCCGUCGUCGAUGAUCCGACGAGGAUGCCUGAAUAUGACUCUUGCCCCUGCGAAUGCUGGGGUUCACUAGAUAACCUAGUUUUUCUUUUGUGCCCCAAUAUCCCGGCAUACUACCCAAAAAGGUGGAUGCUCGGCACAAAGUAUCCCCGGACCGAGCAUCCGACUCAACUGAUGUCACUCCACCCAUCAGACCCUCCUACGUCUUCACACCCCUAUCAACACCCUCUAGACACAACAUCCAUGCCUCGCCAUCUUCAAUUCGUCGUCGCCACUGUCGACAGCGAUGCCCGACCCGCCCCGGCGCAUCCUCGAGAAGUCCAGGACCAAGCUGCGCGAGAGGGAAAAGAAGCGGAUCGCCAACAAGAAGAAGAAAGCCGAGAAGGAGGCCCGAGAGCGCGAGGAGCGCAGACGGCUGGGUCUGCCCGAUCCCAAUGUCAAGGUCCCGGCCAGCCAGCCCCGUCUGCUGAAUUUUUGGAGAGGAAGAAAGAGCAGCAGCAGCAGCAAUUGACGGAGUUGAGUGAAAAAGAGUCGAGUCAGCAGGACACGGAAGUGGAGACGGAAGCUGAAGACUGGUUCGAUGAAGAUCAAAGCCAGAGUGACGCUCAGGCUGGAUCUGGCACUUCCAGAGACAGCAAUGAGAAGGUCUCAGCUGUCACCGCUCAUGGACAAGAUUCACACCGGGCAAUGCCACCAACGAUGAUGGUAACAGACUGUGACGGGAAUGUGAAUGAGCACUCCCCUCCAGACCCUGUUCUCGAUCUAGGGGAGUCCUUUCGGGAUGAAACUGCCAUCCUGCUGGAAGACUUGGAUCCUGACACUCUACAACUGUCAGGCCAAACUCAGAAUGAGCAUCCUGAAACUGAUGUCAGCUGUGCACAGUCACAAUCUGAGGCUUCUUUGACCUCACGCUCCACUUGUGAACCUAUAUCUCAGCCUGACUCAACGUGCCCUUCUGCAAAGGGAGAUAGCUCAAAAAUCCCGCCAGACAUGGCCUCUCCAAGUCACAACAAGAUGUCUCCAGCUGAAUGUGACGGUCCGGAGCCAUUCGUUAUUUACCAGGACCCAGAUGAUGUCAUCGCCCAGAUCUCGACUCAGGAUCUGCUCGAAGUCGACGAUGGCAAGGACGACUACAAAGAAAACUGGCAUCCGAAUAUCCCGUACGGACCGCAGCAGCGGAGGCAGCCAAACGACGUGACUCCACGCCGUCGGCCCAAGCCAUACAGCGAGCUUCAGACGCGGGCAGAGAGACAGCCGUUGAUGACUCUUAGUCAGGCUCCUGAUACCCUGAUGGAUGAAACGAGCAAGAAGAAGUCUCCUUUAACGACUCGAUCUAGACGAGGCUCGUCACCUACGCCGAUUGGACGCAAGAAGCAGGUCGCAGGAAAUGCGGGCAUGCCUGCAUCUACUGCCAGUCCUACGAAAGAUUGUCUGGUCGCUAAUGAAGACGAUGACGAGGAUGAGUUUGGCGAAUUCGACCUGACGAUGGAAGAGCUCGAGGCGCUUUGCGCGUGA